GUUUUCCGCUGCUUUUCCUGCGCAUUCGCCUGAAGCGUGUGGCAGACCUGUCUAAUCGAUCCACGUGGACGACUCAGCUUCGAUAUCGAAUCUCUGCGUCCUGAUGAGAACACGGACAAGCUCAAAUAAACACUUUAAUCAGACUAAUUAUCUCCGCUUAUCACCGCAGAUCGGUGUGAAGUCCUACUGAGCAGCUAGAUUUAGGUGAUCAGAAAAGGUAAACACUUUUAAUAAAAGAGAGAGAGAGAGAGAGAGCGAGAGAGCGAGCUCUGUCUUGUUUGUGUCGAAAGCCUCGGCUCGUUCGCUAAAUGUCCUCGUCCGCCGCCACCGGCGCUUCCCCCGCUGCGUCGCCGGGUUCGCGGCUCUCCGCUCCGGCUGCCGGUAUGUCAGUGUUCCGCUGGCUGGAGGUGCUGGAGAAGGAGUUCGACAAGGCGUUCGUGGAUGUGGAUCUGCUGCUGGGGGAGAUCGAUCCGGACCAGGCCGACAUCACGUACGAAGGCCGGCAGAAGAUGACGAGCCUGAGUUCGUGUUUUGCUCAGCUUUGCCAUAAAGCACAGACCGUCUUUCAGCUCAAUCAUAAAUUAGAGGCUCAGCUGGUGGAUCUGAAGUCGGAGCUGACGGACGUGCAGGCGGAGAAGACCGUGGUGGAGAAGGAGGUCCAUGAGCAGCUGCUCCAGCUUCACGCUCUGCAGCUACAGCUCCACGCCAGAGCAGGCCAGACCGUCGACUCCAGCUCCAUUAAAGACAGGAUGCCUGUUGCCUCCGUGGAGGAGAUGGAGAAGGAACUGGAGGCCAGUAAGAAGGAGAAGGUGAAGGAGGUGAAGCUGGAAGCCGAGGUGAGGAUGCUGAAAAAAGAGAACGAGGCCCUCCGCAGGCACAUCGCGGUACUGCAGGCUGAGGUGUACGGCGCCAGACUGGCAGCCAAAUACUUGGAUAAGGAGCUGGCUGGGAGGGUCCAGCAGAUUCAGCUGUUAGGUCGGGACAUGAAGGGGCCGGCUCACGAUAAACUGUGGAACCAGUUGGAAGCGGAAAUUCAUCUGCACCGCCACAAAACGGUCAUCCGAGCCUGCAGAGGGCGCAACGACCCAAAGAAGCCCUUGCCCUCACCCGUAGGACAUGACCCAGAUUCUCUGAAGAAGACUCAAGGAGUCGGUCCUAUCCGCAAAGUGCUUCUGUCCAAAGAGGACCACGAGGGGCUUGGGAUCUCGAUCACAGGAGGUAAAGAGCACGGCGUUCCCAUCCUGAUCUCGGAGAUUCACCCGGCCCAGCCUGCAGAGCGAUGCGGCGGGCUGCACGUAGGAGACGCCAUAUUAGCCGUCAACAACAUCAACCUGAGAGACGCCAAGCACAAGGAGGCCGUCACCAUCCUCUCCCAGCAGAGAGGCGAGAUCGAGUUUGAGGUGGUGUACGUGGCGCCGGAGGUGGACUCGGAUGAUGAGAACGUGGAGUAUGAGGACGAGAGCGGGCAUCGCUAUCGUCUCUACCUGGACGAGCUGGAGGAGGGAACGGGCAGUAGCCAUGGCAACGGCCCUGCUGAAUCUUCAGCAUCACUGCAAGUCGUGGAGAAGCACCUGAUGGCGGACGGAGCCGAGAACGGAGACACGGGCAUCUCCAGCGAGAGUCCUUCUGAGGAGACGCCCUCCAAGUCGGCCAAGUCUCCUCAGAGCUCGUCCUGAAGAGCCGGGAGAGACGAGAGGGGCACCCCCCCACAGGGAGAAGGAGAGGGAGAGAAAUAAAGACUCCAGCGCUGUAUGAUAGCUGUAACAUAACAAGACGCGUGUUUUGUACCAUAUGGGGACAUGACACAGUUUCAGAGUCCACUGGAGAUCACAUGGAGACACUGAGAAGGAACACCGAGAGGAAGUUGUACUCGAGCAUGAUGUCUUCUGAAUUAACAUCGACAGCUGUGGUCAGGAAAAUGGCGUGGAGUGAGAUGUGUAUUUGCAGAGAAAUUGCUGUAGUUUUAACAGGGUGGAAGAGAUGGGAUGUGAUGGGUCUUUGUUUGUUUGUUUGUCUGUUUGUGCAUUUGUUUUUGUUUUUUUUUUGCAUCCUUUGUGUGCAGUUACUCAUCCCCAGCAGGUGAAUUAGACCUGAUCUCCGAUGCUGUACUGGUGUAUUAAUCUAAGAUAUCUUCUUUCUGUUAAUUAAUUGGAUAUUUAACAAAGUGUUGAGGUUAGCAUACAGCAUCUAAUCAUUAUCAAACUUAAAGGUACAUCCACCUCAAAUCACUAGAUUUAUAAAAAAAAAAAAAAUAAAUAAAUAAAUAAAUAAAUAAAUAAUAAAAAAAGUUCCCGACCGACCAUCUCAGAUUUGCUUCACACCUUCUGGAAAUAAUGUCAAUAUUCCCAAUAAAAUAGUGUGCAAAACUUCAGGCUUGUGUCUGCAUUGUUUCUGGGAUGUAGAGGCUUUAAAAGGGGGCGUGGCCCUGUAAAAAAAACAAAAAAAAAAACAGUGCUAUGGAAAAAGUUUGAUUGAAAUUUUGUCUAGCAGAUUGCUGUCUAGUAUAAUAUGUCUUUAACUUUAAAAAAUAUAAGGUCCAAAGUUGCAUAUUUGUCAAUUUAUUACCUCAAAAAAUCUAAUAAAAACUUAAUUUAAUGAAUAAUAAUAAUAAUAAUUUAUAUUUUUUAAAUUUAUAUAUCUCCAAACUAAAGCACAUUUGUUCUUUCAAAUUUUCAUGUGUUACUCAUGCUAUAGUUCUUUCUUAACUAGGUGUAUGUCUGAAAGAACUCAAACUUUAUGAUGUAUGUGGUAUUAAAUGUGAUUUUUAAAUAUAUAUAUAUAUAUAUAUAUAUAUUUGUAUAUUGUAUUGUAUACAAAUAUACAUUGCCCAUGUAUGACAAGGUCUAUCACAAGAAGGAUUAUAUCACUUGAAAGACCGUAUUUUACUUAGUGAAUGCACAAAAUAUGAAGUUUGUAGCUUGAACCAAUCUAUAAAAAUGAAAGUAUUAGUUAGUAAUUUAACUACAUGCCAUAAACUGGCAUAUAUGCAACUGUGGAGCGUCUAUUUUUGAAGUUAAAUGCGUCUUAUACUAGACAAUAAUCCCUGUAAAUUUCAUGCAUCUAGCAUGGAUAGUUCAAGAGUAAACGUUUGCAGUAGUUUUUACAGGGCCACGCCCUCUUUUUAAAGCCCCUUUCAUCUCACAAACUAAUGCGGAUGGUCAGUCGGGAGGCUUCCAGUGAUUUCACAUGGAUUGACCCAUAAAUGAUAUUUCUGUUUCAUUCAUAUAUAUAUAUA